AUGCUUGGGGAAAGAGGUUCUGGUGAAGAAGGUCAGCUUGGAAGGUUUUUUACUGAUUCUAGAUUGCGACAGCAGUUCUUGGUUGAAGCUGCGCAUCAAUGUCAGGAAGCUGGAUUAUAUGACAAAUCCAUAGAAAUACAGAAGAGAGUGGGUGCAUUUUCAGCUGCCUUGGAGACUAUAAACAAGUGUCUUUCUGAAGCCAUUUGUUCUCUCGCCCGUGGAAGGUUGGAUGGUGAAAGCCGAUCAACAGGGCUCAUACUCGCGGGGAACGACAUUCUUCAGACUUACAAAUAUUACCCUGAAGUCAGUCCCCAGGAAAGAGAUCGAGUGAUGGAACAAGAAACCAUACUAAGAGAGCUUGAGGCGAUACUAUCAAUCCACAAGUUUGGUAGAUUAGGCAAUCAUCUGGAUGCUUUAAGGGAAAUUGCAAGACUUCCAUUCCUUCAUCUCGAUCCAAGAGUGCCCGAUGCAACAGCUGAUGUGUUCCAGAGUGCAUCACCUUACUUCCAGACUUGUGUCCCGGACCUGCUCAAAGUUGCACUAACGUGUUUGGACAAUGUACCUGACACUGAUGGAUCGAUCCGUGCCAUGAGAUCCAAGAUUGCUGGGUUUCUUGCAAGCAACACACACCGGAACUGGCCUCGUGACUUGUACGAGAAGGUGGCUCGAAGCUUUUGAAUAUUUUUGGGCUUUUUCUUUUGUCGUGCAAAUAUUUUUGGGCUUAUCGUCCAUAUUCUUAACCCUGAUUCUGUUGACUUUUUUAGUAGCUUUCAAAUCUUGCUUAUAAAGAUUAUUAAUAUGUGCAUUUUAGUUUUUUC